AUGUUUCGAUAUCCAUAUUUUUGUAGACUCAAUAAAUUUGUUUCAUGCUGCUUGGAACCUGGCAUCCUCAAUUUAGGUACCUGGCCUAAAAAUAUACAUAUUACAGCAGAAAAUUUUGAUGAAUAUGAAGUCCGUGAGCAAUCAUGCAAAACUGGAGCUCAGAAGUUAUGCCUAAAUCAAGAUGAAGAUCAUAAGGCUGUAGCUCAAUUACAUAUUCCAGUAAUGGUGAAGGAAGUUGUUCGUUGUUUAGCACCACUCAAAGGACAGAAUUUUCUAGAUAUGACAUUUGGUUCAGGAGGACACACAAGAGCCAUUCUACAUAAGGAAUCAGAUAUUACUCUGUAUGCCCUAGACAGAGACCCGACAGCUUACGCAAUAGCGAAAAAGCUUUCAGAAAUGUAUCCUAAACAGAUCCAAGCUCUGCUAGGCCAGUUCAGCCAGGCAGAAGCCUUAUUAACGAAAGCGGGCGUGCAGCCAGGGACUUUGGAUGGAGUUCUCUUGGAUCUUGGGUGUUCUUCCAUUCAACUUGAUGUUCCUGAAAGAGGUUUUUCCCUUCGGAAGGAUGGUCCCUUGGACAUGAGGAUGGAUGGUGAUAGGUAUCCUGACAUGCCCACCGCUGCUGAUGUUGUGAACGCUUUAGAUCAACAAGCACUUGCAUCCAUCCUGAGAACAUACGGGGAGGAGAAACAUGCCAAGAAAAUCGCUUCAGCAAUCGUUCAGGCACGCAGCAUCUACCCUAUCACCAGAACCCAACAGCUUGCCAGCAUCGUUGCAGGUGCAUUUCCUACCUCUGCUACUUAUGCACGAAAAGACUUGCUCCAGCGUUCUACUCAUAUUGCUACCAAGACGUUCCAAGCUCUUCGCAUAUUUGUGAACAAUGAACUCAAUGAGCUCUACACAGGACUCAAGACAGCUGAGAAGUUUUUGAGACCUGGUGGUCGCCUUGUUGCUCUUUCUUUCCAUUCAUUAGAGGAUCGCAUUGUCAAACGAUUCUUGCUUGGCAUAAGCAUGACAGAAAGGUUUAACCUAAGUGCUAGACAAAAGGUGUUACUAGGUUCAGGUCAAGAAAACAAGGAAGGUGCCUCUACAAGGGCUCCUUUAAUGUGGGAAUUGAUACACAAGAAAGUGCUUACUCCAAAAGAGCUAGAUGUGCAGGACAACCCCAGAGGGCGCUCAGCAAAACUCAGAGCAGCUAUCAAAUUAUAA